CGCGUCCUUAUAUCCUCGUAACUCGGUUGAGAGCAUCGACAAGUCCAACCACUACACCAGAAGUAUACCAUGAUUCGAGUAGCCAGGCUCUGUAGUCACCUCCUCCGACAAGGACCUCGCCGCGGCAACUCCGUCGUACUGAAACGCGCUUCAUCUAGCGGUUCAAAUGUACAUUCGCUAUAUGCAGCGUUUAAGGACCCGAACUCUCCAUACUACUUGGCGCCUGGAACAGUCGGUCCUGCAUCGCCAGAUGAGCCUGACCCGUCCGCGCAUAGAGACAUCCAUAUGUCCUCUGUGGUUGCAGAGCAGCACACUACCCCUUCUGUUGAUUCGAACUCUGCGAGUAUACAACACGCAACAGAAUUGCUGCAAGGGCCGUGCACAUAUGAUGUUGAGCGCCGAAAACUCCGGUCUUUGUCUCCGGAGCAGGCAAAGGACGCGUUGGUUGAGAUGGGGUACCAUCCUGGCUCGUUCUUGGAGCAGAAGAUUGUGUGGGGAGAUUUGGACUCCUUCCAGCACGUAAACAACGUUCGCUACCUUCGAUUCCUCGAAUCAUCCCGCAUACUCUAUAUGGCUGCCCUCGGCCGGGCCCUAGGCGGACCCACGAAAGAGCAGCAAAUGCUCAAAGGUAAAGGUACUUCCCUUAUCAUGAAGUCCAUCGAGCUUUCCUUCCGGCGCCCAGUCACCUACCCCGACACUCUAUUGGUCGCCCACCGGCCGGUGUCCCCACCCUCCCUCAAUGGUUCUAUCUUUCAGUUCCACGCGCUGGCAUAUAGCUAUACACAGCAAAGGCUGGUGCUGACGUCUAAUUGCGACUGCGUCUGGUAUGAUUAUGACAAGCUCAGAAAGGCGGAGGUCGGGAAGGAUGUGUGGAGCGUCGUGAAGAGCGGGAUCAGCUCGCCAUGAGAGCAUCUGCGGUGGACAUCGAGUGGUUGACGGUAUACCGAGGAGCCUAGAACCUUGAACAAUUCGUUCGGUAUCUGAUUAGGCAACAUUAAGGCCUGCCCCGAGUACCCCUCCAGGCCACAUCGUCGAGCAAUCAUGUGACAAUUGAGGUAACUAUCUGGAGUCUCAUCGACGUAUACGAAAUUUCUAGUAGCUCAAGUGUGUCCG